AUGGAAAGGCGGCAGACAGGAGGAGGAAGUAGUGGCGAAUCAAUGCUUACGUCUUGCAUAAACUUCUUGCAAACGGGUCUCACUAAUCUGUUUGGCAGAGGAAUGGAUAUCGAAAGAGUCAACAUUGUCUUCAACUACGACAUGCCAGAGGACAGCGACACGUAUUUGCAUCGCGUGGCCCGCGCCGGACGUUUCGGAACCAAAGGUCUGGCCAUCACUUUCGUGAGCGACGAGACGGACGCCAAGAUUCUGAAUGAAGUUCAGGACCGCUUCGAUGUUAAUAUUCCCGAAUUGCCCGAAGAGAUUGACAUUUCGAGUUACAUCGAAGGCCGUUAAAUGGGAAUUGAAAAUUCACUUCACAGACAAUUCAAACACCAAUUUCAGGCUUAAUUAUUCUUUUAAUUGAAUCAUAAUUUAGAAAUAGUAUUCAUUUUUUGUUGUUUAUUCCCAUUCGAGAACUAACUAUAUGUUUAGCACUUUUUCACAUUUAUUUUGUAUUUUUUGUGUUUUCUUCAGUAAUUAUGAAAAUAAACAAAUUAACGUAAAGUGUUAUAAAAGUAAACAACUGGUUUAUUUAAUUAAAACAUUAAUAAUUUUGCC